AGAUGGCAGAUAUCUAGCCGUUUGGUAGGUAACUCCAUCCGCGAGAGACGAAGGUCCGUCCGCUCUUGCUGUCACCCAGUGAAGAUGGCGGACACAGAGGUGGAGAGUGAGUCGAAAACGGCCGAUAACGAUGAUUUUCAGACUCUGAAGGAACUUGUGGACCAGCUCUAUUAUUUCAGGGACCACUAUUUUGAAACACACAGUGUGGAGGAUGCUGUGAGGAAGCAGAAUGAUGUCACGUUGGAAAUGGAGAAGAUUCUGAAGAGACUGGAAGAGAAAGAAGAGAGGUACAGACACAGUGCGGAGUUCCUCCUGCUGCGGGGCCGGUGUCUGAGUGUGGCCGCGGGGUUCAGUGUGCAGGCUGAGGAGAGUCUGUCCCGGGCCGUGAAGCUAGACCCGGGGCUGGUGGAGGGCUGGAACACCCUGGGGGAGCAGUACUGGAGGAAGGGGGAUCUGAUCGGUGCCAAAACCUGUUUUACUGGGGCUCUGCAGCAGUGUAAGAAUAAGGUGUCCCUGCGCAGCCUGUCCAUGGUGUUGCGGCAGCUGCCAGGAGGGGGCGCUGAGGAGCAGGGGCAGAGGGUGCUGGAGAGUGUGGAUAUGGCUCGUCAGGCCGUGCAGCUCGACGUCACUGACGGCAUGUCCUGGUAUGUACUGGGGAACGCCUACAUCUCCCUCUUCUUCACCAGUGGACAGAACCCCCAGGUUUCACAGCAGGCAAUGAGUGCCUAUGCACAGGCUGAGAAAGUGGACAUAACCGCCUCGUCCAACCCUGACUUACACUUCAACAGAGCCACGCUCUUCCAGUAUGAAGAGAUGUACGGGUCAGCGCUGGCUGGGUUCAGCCGGGCCGCAGCCCUGGAUCCAGCUUGGGCAGAACCUCCAGAGAGAGAGAGACAGCUGCUGGACUACCUGGAGCGGUUGACCAUCCUCAUCAGCAAUAAGGGUAAGGUGAAAGCGCGCAGGCUGAGGUCGAUGUUGUCGUCUCUAUGCCCGUCUGCGCUGGGCCCCUGCUCCUCCCCGCAGUUCCGCUCCCCUGCAGGCCGCGUGGGAAGCCUGGAGCCCCGGUGCCUGUCUGCCCUGGCUCACGGCCUCAACCCUGGGGCAGCUGCACUGGGGAAGGUGGUGUUCAGCCUUGCUCCAGAGGGACGCAUGGCCUUCACCUUUGGGAUGGUGGACGGUGAGGAGAACUGCUGUGCGGUGAUGGUCUACAACACAGCCGACAGCUGGGGCGUCCUGAUCGGUGACACUGUGGUCAUCCCCGAACCGCAGGUCAAACGACACAGUGUCACACACAACGGGCAGUCGUUUGACUUCCGCAGUAUCCGUGUCGACUCUCCGUUGCUCCUCAUUGUGAACGGGAAGAAGCAGGCCGCCCGAAGCCAGACCGCCGCCUCAGUCAGUUACAGACCGCAGAGCGAGUGAGGGGGCGGGGCUCCCAGCCCCAGAGUGAGUGAGGGGGCGGGGCUCCCAGCCCCAGAGUGAGUGAGGGGGCGGGGCUCCCAGCCCCAGAGUGAGUGAGGGGGCGGGGCUCCCAGCCCCAGAGUGAGUGAGGGGGCGGGGCUCCCAGCCCCAGAGCGAGUGAGGGGGCGGGGCUCCAGGACCCAGAGUGAGUGGGACAGGGUUGGGGGGCUUCUGAGGGGGUGGGGCUCCAGAGUGACUUGGGGGUGGUGGAAAAUGGGGGGUGUUUGCAGGGGGGUUUGUUUUGAAAUGGUAUAGUAAGCCAGAUCAUAACGGAGGAAAGUGUGAGAGGGGCAAAUGGAUAGGGAGAGGGGGAGGCCCGCAGGAGAGGCUGAGUGAAACCUUUGAGAUGGAUACUGGGACAAAGUGAGUGAAAAAGGGGUGGAAGGCAGAGGGAGAUAUAGACUGAAUGAAGAGAGUAAAGCAGUGUACAUUUUGUUUUUAUAUUCUUUUUGUAAAUAUUCUUUUUUUGUUGUUGGGGUUGUUUGCUUUUGUAUGAAAAGAAGGUUGAUGUCUGAAUUUUCUUCGGAUGAAUUAAAAGCCUGUUUCUA